AUGGAAGUUUGGAAGAUAAUAAAAUUUAAAUACAUAUUUGCUUGCAUUUUAAUCAUGUUUAUUAUGUCAUGUUUGAUAAGUAUUGCAUCUAUAAGUAUUGAUGAAUGUAAAUAUGAAAUAACUACUCAAUCAGCUCAAUAUAAUAAUCAUAAUCAGCAAAAUAAUGAUGAUUCAAUUGAGAAGAAAUCAUUGCAUCGUUUAGCUAUACUUGUGCCAUUUCGAGAUCGCUUUGAAGAAUUAUUAAUAUUUGUCCCGCAUAUGAAAGAAUUUUUAGACAAACAAAACAUAGAUUAUCAUAUAUUUGUUCUGAAUCAGAUUGAUAGGUUUAGAUUUAAUCGAGCCUCUCUUAUAAAUGUAGGCUUCCUUGAAAUUAAUAAAGAGUUUGAUUACAUAGCUAUACAUGAUGUAGAUUUGUUACCUAUAAAUGAUGAAUUAUUAUACUCUUUUCCUAAUAAAGGCCCUUACCAUGUAUCUUCUCCAGAAUUACAUCCUAGAUAUCAUUAUCCAACUUUUGUUGGUGGAAUACUAUUAAUUAAAAGAGAACAUUUUCUACAAGUAAAUGGAAUGUCCAAUAAAUAUUGGGGAUGGGGUCUUGAAGAUGAUGAAUUCUAUGUUAGAUUAAAAGAAGCCGGGUUGAUUAUUGUAAGACCACAAAAUAUAUCUACUGGCACACAUAAUACAUUCAAACAUAUACAUGAUAGAAACCAUAGGAAACGAGAUAUGAUCAAAUGUUAUAAUCAACGUGAAGUUACUAGGAAACGAGAUCGUCAAACCGGGUUAAAUAAUGUUACUUAUAAAAUAUUAGGUACAAUUGCAAUGACUAUUGGGGACACUCCAUUGACCGUCCUUAAUAUUUCCUUAAUGUGUGAUAAAAUGACUACACCUUGGUGUGAAUGUGAUAAAAUAGUUGGAUCUAAGGAUGGAAAGUCAAAAGAAAAAAAAAAAAGUUAAUAAUAACAAGUUUACCACUGGACUGUAAUUAUUCUGACAAAAAUUGUAUUGAAAGAAAAGAAAUACACACGCGCGUGCGCGCAUACACAUAAACACAUGUAA